CAGGCCCGGGGAAGCAGCGUCGGGCUCCUCCCGCUUCGGGCUCAGCAGGAGCGGGAAGCCGCCGCCUCCGGAAGGGCGGAGCGAGCCAGCCUGGCUGCGCCUGGAAGGGGAGCGCAAAAUGAUGGCGGAGGAGGAGGAAGAGCACGAGGCGGGCUGGGAUGCCUUCCUGGACAGGUUCCGCGGCCCCGAGCGCUACGCGGGCGCCCUCAGCCCCGAGAACUGGGAGCAGGUGCGUCUCUCCGGGCGGCGGGACGAGGGAGGACCCGAGGGCCGCGCUCGACUGCACGGGCUCCUGGGGAGAUGCCAAGUUGGGGAAGAGUCUCCAGCCUUUUAGUUUGAUCCUCUUUUCACCGGCCUCUUGCCCCCCCCCUUCCGUCCUCUCCAACAGCCCUGUCAGGUAGGCAGAGGGUGAGCUUUGGGGGGGAAUUGGUCUGCAGUUUUGAAUGUCGGGAUAGGACCCGGGUUCGAAAUCUCCCACUCGCCCGGGAAGUUUGCUGGGGUGGCUCUGAGCCGGUCACUGCCUCUCUCAGCCUAAACGACCUCGCAGGGUGGUGGUGGUGGUGGUUGUUGUUGUUGGGAUCACAUGUGGAAGGGGGUUGGAUCAUGCGCGCUGUCUUGAGCUCCUUGGAUGAAAGGUAAGAUAUAAAGUAAACAAACACUGGCUUGCCUUCUGCAAACCACUAGUUCCCAGUCUUCCUCCUAACCACUGCCGGGUGAGGGGUGAUGGUACCGAUCUUAACAGGGUUAUUUGUUGUAAGCAUUGCUGGUUAGCUUUACUAAAUUAUGUUUGAGCCAGAGGUCAGUUCUGGAGCCUACUUUCAACUUCAAGGCAUAUGAACCAGCAGUAAAGAUGAGAGUGCCUCUAGAGCUUGUGCAGAAUGCCUUGCUUCCAGUGUUAAUAAUCAGUCAUCUCCCACACCUGGAUAUAGAGAGCAGUUUUAGAGAACAUGUACAGUGGAUGUUGGCUUUCUAACCAAGGGGUGGGAUGUGUGUUGUGACAUUAGAGUAGGUAGCAUUUUAAACUUUCGUAUUGGGUUGCAAGUUCACAAUACAUGUCAGUGUAUCAAAAAAAAAAUUUUUUUUAUUGUAACCUGAAUUUGGGAACUUGUGACUUUGCUGGACUGUGCUCUCCUCAUUGCUGUCCCUUGACCAUGCUGACUGGGGCUGAUGGGCAUUGGAAUCCAACAACAUUUGGAGGGAGGGCCAGAGUUCUGGAGGGAGGGCUAGAUGUUGAAUAAGAUGAUGAAUUCUCUAGUCACAUUUUUCUAUACUGUUUAUUAAACUAGUUUAUUAUUAACUAGUUUAUUGAUGAUACAGUUUAAUAAACUGUAGUUUAAUAAACAAUGGUUUAGCAUUAUGUGCUAACCUCGCCAAUGUGUCUUUCUUGGUAAACAAGAAUUGACUUGAAAGAAUAGAGAAAUUUAAUAUAAUUCAAUGACGGAUAUUACAGGAUCUAUAUCUUACAUUCCUGUUGGUUUUGGUUUGGUUUUGUGUUUUUGUAACAGGAAAAUGGUGGGUUUGAAGGUUUAGCAAGGGCUGAUGCUAAGUCUGAAAUUACUUACCUAGAAAGCCAAGAACUAUGAAUUAAGUGAAUUCUUUAGAAAUACCCAGGGACAAAAUGCAAUGUAUGGGAGGGAAAAAAUGCAAGUUCUUCUGUUAAGUAUCUCGAAUAAAGGCUCUAUUUCCAAAGACAUGUGGCUAUUUUGAACCCUUUUCUUCUAUCCUUGGUAACUUGGGCUGCCUGCAUUUGUUGACAGGAAUUUGACCAGAUCCCAAUGUUCAUGAGGAAAGCUCCUGCUGAAAUAGAUCCUAAGCAGAAUCCUGACCUUGCUUGUCUUCAGUCUAUUAUUUUUGAUGAGGACCAAACAACUGAAGGUAGUCUCCACUUACAUACUGUAAAUGUAUCAGCUGAUGAAAUUUACAUUGUUCUCGCAACACUUUCUCUAGGAAUCAAAGGACAUAAUUGUUUCGUCUCAAUCAGUUCAAUGUUUUGAAAAGAGACAUCCCAGCUUUGUCUUACCAAGGCGGGUGCUCUGUUGUGUCCCAUUUGAAGGAGAAAGGGUGACAGUCAAAUACAGCCUCUGUCAUAACCUUUGUCCAAAUGCUGCAAUAGGUGUCCACAGAUAAAUGAGCUGACGGCCCUACUGUAUUCCCAUUUUGAAAAUAAAGAUUUUAAGCCAGAGCUUUAAGGUUAACAACCAAGUGUUUAUCUUGAAAGGGCACCGUCCCAUUUCAAAAAAUACAUAUUGGGGCUCAUAGGACUUGUCGAAAUUUAACUUGGCCAGCACGCACAGCUCCAUAAAAAAAUGAGAGGUUAUCAUAGCAUUAAAAACUUUAAUAGCUGCAGAAAUAUCCUUGACCCCCUUUGGUGUAAAAGAAAAAAACCAUAGUAUAGCAGGCUGAUUAGCCUGAGUUUUCUGGGAAGCAUAAGAUUUGUGCUUUAUGUGUUAUAGAUAACUUGACUUUUAAAGGAGUGCUUAUAAUUGCUUUUCUAACGUUGCAAUGUUUAUCUUUAUUGGUGUUUUUCAAGCCCAGGCCUAUAAGAAUGAGGGCAAUGAUUAUUUCAAGGAAAAGGAUUAUAAGAAGGCUGUGAUAUCCUAUUCAGAAGGACUGAAAAAGAAGUGCAAUGACCUAGAAUUGAAUACUGUUCUUCAUACAAACAGAGCUGCAGCCCAGUUUUAUUUGGGUAAUGUAUUGCAUUCAAAAUUGUGCCUAGCUCAAAUUCUAUAUAGCAGAAAAAUAUCAAAGGUAGGACUUUCUCCUGUAUGUUCCAGCAGUCAUAAAGUUGUUUUUGAAUGUUUUUUUAAACAAACAAGUAGUCUUGAGGAUGCUAAAUUUUAGACCCAUAUCUGACAAGAUCCUUGUUAGAUGUUAAUUUAACAGUGUAUGUGGAGCUCCCAAAGAAAAUAGGCACCACUGAGUUCCUUGGGACUUACUCUCAAAUAUGCAUAAUAUUGUGUCUGGUUUGGCUGUCACUGUUCACACUGCAGUGCUUUAAAUUUUGUUAAACAGAAUUUGAUCCAAUGUAUUCCAGGUCCCAAGAUUCAGUAUGUGCAAGCAGAGAUGUCUCUUGAGCAGCUAGUCUGGAUAAAAAAAAAAGAAUUGAGUGCUGUUGGUUUUUAGUAGGGAUGAAUAGCCUCAAAUACAGAGUCUGAAAAGAAAGCCAAGAAGUAAUAGGUUGUGUUGAAGUUUUUGCAACAAAAUCAAAUUAUUAUUUAUCAAAUACAUUUUUUUAAAAAAAGAGGGGCAGCCUUUGGAAUCUGUAUCUUACCUGUUAUAAUGCCUCCUCUUUUCAUUAUCCUUAUAAAUUAAUGUCAUAUUUGAAGACCUCACGUGUCUUGCCUCAGUGUAGCCCAGUGUUUCUUAGGGAGCAAUUUGCCAGCCUCCCUUAAAAAUCCAGUGUAAUGACCCAGGUUUUACAGAGGUAUGUUUUGUUUAGGUAACUAUCGCUCUGCCCUCAAUGAUGCUAUCGCAGCAAGAAAACUGAAACCCAAUCACCUCAAGGCAAUUACAAGAGGUAAAAGAAUGUUCAACAGUUGCAUUUUAAUAGAGGCCUCCAUGUAAUUAAGAAAGUGGGGGCACUGUAUAACAGCAAUAAAAGUUUGUAUAGAAUACUCUUAAAAAGUAAACUUUCAAAGUGCCAUGAAAUAAUAACAUAAUGCUACUUAAAAGGGUUGUGUCUACUUGAGAUAAAGAGAAGGAAGAAGCAUGGGAACCUUGGAACGAAGUUAUUUGCAGUAUGUUAGGGGCAGCAUGUGGUCUGAAGGCACAUGAGACCACCACUCCAAUGAAGCAAAGCAGGUCUUGGUCUAGUUAGCAUCUGGGAACCACAGGAGGAUGCUCAAUGCUGUAGGGCAUAAAUGUAAGAAAAUAAAUAAAAGUCAGCGUAAGUGUACAUCCCUGUUUGCCACACUGAUGUUUUAAAAAUUAGUUGAGUGUAUCUGUGUUUGCUGCAGACAUAUGUGAAACAAACUACAGUGGUACCUCGUGUUAAGAACUUAAUUCGUUCUGGAGGUCCAUUCUUAACCUGAAACUGUUCUUAACCUGAAGCACCACUUUAGCUAAUGUGGCCUGCCGCUGCAUGAUUUCUGUUCUCAUCCUGAAGCAAAGUUCUUAACCCGAGGUACUAUUUUUGGGUUAGCGGAGUCUGUAACCUGAAGCGUAUGUAACCACUGUAUUGCUUUUCUAGGAGCACUGUGCCAUUUGGAACUUAAACACUUCUCUGAAGCCAUAACAUGGUGCGAGGAGGGAUUGAGAAUAGAUCCAAAAGAAAAGAAACUUCUGGAAACAAGAGCUAAAGCUGAUAGACUAAAGGUUAGAAGGGGACAAAUGGAAACCUGUUUAUACAGUAGACUAAGACUGGUGGAACAGCAUUCUCCUCCCCACAGUAACGAUGUAGCUUUGUCUGUCUUUCAGCGCACUGAAGAGAGGGAUUUCAGAAAAGCUAAAUUGCAGGAGAAGAGGGAACAGUCUCGGAAGGAGGCCUUACUCAAAGCUAUCAAGGUAACUUUUUCUUUUGGUGGGAAGAAUUGCCCCUGGAAAUUUUAAAUGUGUAAAGAUGUGGAUACUUGCCUCAUUUUUUUUUCUUUUCUCUUCCGAUAUAGGAUCGGAACAUCAAAUUGUCUCUAGCAUCCUCUAAGGAAGACACAACGAUAUCAGCAGACCUGGCUGAGAUGUCUUUAGAUGGACUUGGCUCAGAAAAUGAUAUCGGUGCCAAAGUCUGUUUAGAUGAGAAUGGCAGCCUAACCUGGCCUGUGCUGUUCCUGUAUCCCGAGCAUGGGCAAACUGACUUCAUCUCCUCUUUUCAUGAAGAAUCGAGGUGGUUGUUUUUUAAAGCUGAAUUUAAAUAAAUCCAAAUGAACAUCAUAUGGAAGGGAGGAGGCAGUGGGUUCAAUUCACACAUUUUAUUUGCUGUGUUUUCCAGUACUUUGGUAAGACCAUUGAGAUGUUCUGAAUGUGAAGAGUAGGAGUGGGAGCAUGCCUGCCAGCCUCAUCUGCUAAUCUCAGUAAUGUCUGAACAAGUCUUCCCCGCCUGAUGCCUUCCAUCAAAUGUUUUGGGCUACAGCUCAUUUCAGCCCCAGCCAGCAUGGGCAAUGGACAGGGAUGAUGGAAGUUGUGGUCCAAAACUUUUGGAGUCUUAGAGCAUGUUUAUAUGAAGUGGUGGUUGUGAGCUAUUUUAGAGACUCUGAGCAGUGCUGUGAGAAAGUAGUUAUUUUUGGAUUAACCUUAAAUAAGAGAAUAGAUUUAUGAUCUUCCUGAGCGUGCCUAUUUUGAAAAAAGCAUUGAAGAAUUUAAUUUAAAAAAAUACUGCGUUGGUUAGCAGCCUUUAAUGAAGCUACAUUGCUUUGAAUGCCAAAGGCGUCAGUGUACAGUAUCUACUUGAAUUCAACUCUAGUAGUUGCUGAAGCUGAACUUAAUGGCUUGGAGAGUAACAUGAUGCAUCUUGUGUUUCAGAUUUAUUGACCACUUAAUGGUCAUGUUUGAAGAACUACCUCCCUGGGAUGUAGAAAAGAAAUAUAUUCCAAGUGAACUGGAGGUAAGAUACAACACCUUUUGGCAUUUAUCUGUCCUUUCUUAAAAUGGAUAUUCUAAUAUAUAUAACCCUGAGCAGUGUAGCCCCAUGUGGGAUGCCUGGAGUCUAGACCUUUUGUACCCUAAGGAGGGGCGGGAGGGGAGCAAUGGGCUCUAGCAGAGGUGGAGAGAGAGGGGACAGAAAGACUGAGGUUAGAGGGAGUAAAAAGGAGCCUUCCAGCAAAGAUUGAGAGAGCAACCACACUUUUUGCCUCCACACAACAGUAUACUAAGCAACAGCUUCAUCAUGGAGUUUGACAGAGCCUAAGUCAGCCUCUACCUGCAUCCCAGGCGAAGAAUGAGAAACUUGUGGCUCUUCAAAUGCUGUUGGGUCUAAAAUUACCAUCUUCAUUGAUCAUUGGCUAUGCUGGGGUUAAUGGGAUUUGCAGUCCAAAAACAUCUGGAGGGCCAAACUCCCCAACCCUGAUAUAGCCACAGAUAGGUCAGACAGGCAGAGAAUAAUCUCAAAUCAAAGGGUUGUGUUAUCCAUAAACAACUGCAAAAUUGUUUUAAAACUUCCAUUAAGUACUUAGAUUUGUAGGCUUGAAUAAAAAUUCAUUUAUUUAGCUCUUCCAAAGGCUUGAAGUAUAUGGCAAGCAAUAAAUAGAAAUAAAAUUAAAUCCGGUAAAAAACAACCCCUAAACUACCACAAAUCUGGACUCCCAGAACUUGCCCUAAUAAACUGCAGUCUCAAACGGAAGCAAUAAAAAGGGUUUUCCAUCACAUGAGUAGUUGGUUGUUAGUAUUACAGAUGCCCUGCUGACCUGCAUAAAUAUUGUACUAAGCCUUACAGGUAAUGUUGCUUGUCCUUGUUCACAUAUUUAGUCGAUUUGUCUCUCAUAUUAAAUUGCACAGCUGUAUUUUGAGGAUGAAGAAAAAGGAGAGAUAUACCAGAUAGACACAGAAACCACAUUGCUACAAGCACUGCAGCACCAAAGGUGAGAUUCUGAGCUGGGGACUGCAUGUUACUCAUCUUUAUUGUCAAAAUGACACGUGUGUAAUGUUGAAUCAACAGGAUCCAUCUACUUGCUUCAAAAAAUCAAGGUUUGUUUUUUUUUGUCUAACAGUAAUCUGACAGAGAAAUAAUUGUUCGUCAGCAGAUUCUGCUGUUAAGGAUACAGUAGUCUUAGAUAUCAACAGCCAACAAAACUGCCCAUAUGUUGUGACUUCAGAUUAGAGGUGUCAGCUUCAGCUGAAGCUUAUUCAUCCAUUUCACUACAGGGCUGCCUCAGUUUUCUCUUGGUGGCACCAGCUAGACGUGACAGUUACUUACGGGAAUAACAUUGCAUAGCCAUUGCAUUGAAAGGUGGCUGUAUUUUUAGACUGCCUUGCAGCAAAAGGUUAGGUGAUCAGCUUCUAAAGAAAGGGUAAUUUGCUGCAGUUGUGCCUGCCUGAACUUUUAGGAUGUCAUGGAUCUUCGCAGUGGGGACAUCUCUUCUUACCAACCCUAGCCUAUUAGAUUGUUCCAACAGUCAAAGCAGGUGAUGGACUUGAGCAUCGUGCUGUGGUGAGCAUUCCCUCUGUGCAAACAUUUCAGCUUGCCAGACAGAAUGAAGCCCACCUUUCUCUCCACUGUGCGCUAUUCUGCAGGUUCUCCUGACCCCUGCCCAGAGCCAAUUUCUGGGCAUAAGAGCUUCUGCUGACUGGGCUUGUUAGGUGAAUCCCACCCAUAUUAUGUUUCUGUCCUAUCUUCUUCCAAAUUUGUAGAGCAGGUGAGAAUCUAACCUAUCAAGUUAUUCCAGUAUCUUUCAGUGUGGAAUUGGGUGGGGAAAUGGGACGGUAGUAUAAGCAAACAUGCAUGCAGAAACACAAGCAUAUAAGGUUAUCUUAAAAUGUUGUGAGCCAAGACUGGAGGUUGACUUUCUAAUUGUUUUUGCAGGUACUUCAUAAAAGCUGCGACUCCUACCUUUUUGGUUUUGGUGAAACUUGCACCUUUUUCUAAAAACUACUUCUUUGGGAAGAAGGUCCACUGGCUAAAGUGAAUGAACAUUUUGAGGGGAGUGGGGGUGGAAUACAACACAUAAUGGAACAAGGCCUCUUUAGAUUUAUAAACUGAAAGAUGGAACAUUUCGUACACAUGUAUCUUCUUCUGCAACCAUCGAGAUGGCAGAUUUCCUAAUCCUAGCCACGGAAACUGCAUCUGCACUUCUGUUUAAUUGGGGUGAAUAAGCAUCGUUCACAUUUCCUUAAAAGUAAAGGAAUAGAACAAAACGGGGCAUACAUCAAGUAGAAAACCUCACUCUCCACUGUCAAAGGCAGUAUGUCUCUGAAUACCAGUUGCGGAGUAUCACAGGUGGGGAGAACGCUGUGGCACUUGGGUCCUGCAUGCAGGCACCUCGCACGUAUCUGCUUGGGCACUGUGAGUACAACUUGCUGGAUUAUAUGAGCCUCUUUUUCACCUGAUCCAGCAGGGCUCCUGUUACGUUAUUCACCUAGAUAUUUAAUACACUGAGUUUUGCUUGAGAUAAAUAGAUCCCCACCCCCCGAAUAUCUGAUUAUUUCUUGAAGUAUCCAAUUUGCCAUAAACCGUGUUAAUCUCAAUGGGGCUUCUACUUGCAGCUUGGGGCAACACAGUAUAACUUUACAGAUUUAAGUGCCAUAAAAUAAGUGUAUCUAGGGGUCAGGGAGCAUGCUUGCAUCCAAUGCUAUGCAAGCACAGCUAACAAUUCUGUUUUUGGAAUAUUUAGAAUAUGGACGGGGACCCCUAAAUGCCUGCCACCUGUUGUUACUUUUCCAAUAGAUUCAUUCAGAGCGUUCCCCUGCUCAAUAGGCACAGAGAUUAAACCACAGCUGCGAUUUAUUCACUACUGUCUUGUGCACUUCAGCAAAGGAAUGUGGAAUGCCAUUGUUGAGAGCUUUACAAUUUUGCUGGCUUUUUGCUGUGACAAGAUCGCAUUAACCUAUCCAAAAUAAGUUUUAAAAGGAGCUGGGCACAUUUUAUAGGUUCUAAAUUAUGGUUUUAAUUUCCGGAGGUACAUUUCUUAUGCCUACCCAAUUGCUAAAGUUGUGGCCACAGUAGCAUCCUUCUCCAUGCUGCUAAUGUACAACAAGUAAAAAAACAACAUAAAAUGACUUGUUUCUAGAGUACAGUAUCUCAAGGAUGCGCCUUCACACUGAGUCUAUCUAUGGCAUCCCUCUGUAUACAGCUUAAUUGUUUUUGAAGUGCUCUCAUGCAUGUGCUUUCUGAACUUGGAACUCACAUCACUUUUCAUGGAGGUGGGAAGAUCCAGUAAACGCAUAAGGCAUAAGGCAAGGAAUGUGCUGUACAGCAACUUACUCCUGAGUUCAACCUAUAUAGAAGGGCAAGUUCUACCUGAACAACUCUGGCUAGUGCUUGUCUCCAGGGAAAAGGAGGUACUAAACGGCUGCUUGACUUUUGAAACUAGACCUCUGUUGUAUAGCAAAUAAAGAACAGGAGCACUUUUGGCCGGGAAACAAAUUCAUUACUGCAGUUAGAUUUCGUUUUAUUACCGCAUCUGUUGUUGCUCUUUGGAACGUAAGGCUUUAAUAUAAUCCAUGGUAGAAUUAAAAACCUUUUGGCUGGGAAGAGCAUUUUACCUUUUCAGAAGUUGGUAUCAAAUAUAUUUGAUAUCAGAAGAGAUUUUCCCUGGACUGGACCAAGCACAGUUAGGAAGUCAUAGGUGCCCUUAAGCUGAUACCCAUAACUAGCAAGGCUGCAGCCACCUUAAAAGGUUAACAUCUGGUCCUUUAGAAGACUAAGGGGAGCAGAGGGCACAUGAAGUGACAAAUCCUUUUUCAGCUGUAGGCAUCUACUUACGAAUUUUUCAUUUUCAAAAAGAAACCUGUUACUUGCAUCAAGUAUUUUGGUGGCAUUUAAAUUGUCUCAUAAUUGUCUGACCAAGCAUUACUAUUACAAUGAGAUGUCUCAUUGAUC